AUGGGGCAGAAAAGGAGACUCAAGACGGCAGGCGGUCAGACCACGAAUAAUACCCGGAUAACUUUGGAUCGUCUCGACGUCGAUACGCAAAAGCUCUCCUCUCCUCUCCAUCCCUCGCCACCGAAGCGACUUCUUCUUUUCAAGAUGUUCUCCCGCGCCGCCGCUCGCACGACCACCACGCUCGUAUCCCGACGAGGCUUCCACGCAACGCGGGCUCGCCUCUCCUCGCCGUACCACUACCCCGAGGGUCCCUACUCCAACAUCCCCUUCAACCCGCGCGGCAAGGGCUUUGCCUUGGGCUUCUGGACCUUUGUCGCCGUCGGCUUCUCCGCCCCCUUCGGCAUCGCUGUCUACCAGACCUACAAGGAGCAGUAA